UUAUACUCUGUCUCUCUCUCGCUCCCUUUCUCCCAAAUCGCAAACUCUUAGUUCUGCAAUUGUCACCGCGAAAUGCCACUGAAUCUGUCACCACACUCUCUGCAACUCUCCACGCUCAACUCCUCUUCCUUCACCCAGCACGUUUCGCAAAUUCUCAAUCCUACCCUUCCAUGGACUCCGCAGAAACAUCUCUGCCGUACCCACAUUUCCUGCGCCUCAACCAGACCCAGGAAGAAAGCGGUUCCCAUAAGCGAGAAAUCGGAGACCGAAGAGUUGGUUCGGGUCCUUAUGAAGAGUUUCACUGAUAAAGUGCCGUUGGUACGGACAAUGGAUAAGUAUGUGAGAAUUGUAAGGACUGAGCAUUGUUUUUUGCUGUUUGAAGAGCUUGGCAAGCGGGACAAAUGGCUUCAAUGCCUUGAGGUGUUCAGAUGGAUGCAGAAACAGCGGUGGUAUAUACCUGAUAGUGGUGUUUAUUCAAAGUUGAUAUCAGUUAUGGGAAAGAAGGGUCAAACCCGAAUGGCUAUGUGGCUUUUCUCUGAGAUGCGUAACAGUGGGUGCCGGCCAGACACUUCAGUUUAUAAUGCACUGAUCACUGCACACCUCCACUCCAAGGAUAAAGAAAAGGCUUUGUCCAAAGCUCUUGGUUACUUUGAGAAAAUGAAAGGUAUGGAACGAUGUCAACCCAACGUCGUGACAUACAAUAUUCUUUUGAGAGCUUUUGCUCAAGCUCGAAAUGUGAAUCAAGUUAAUGCUUUGUUUAAGGAUCUUGACCAGAGUAUUGUUUCUCCUGAUAUAUAUACAUUUAAUGGUGUGAUGGAUGCAUAUGGCAAAAAUGGGAUGAUCAGAGAAAUGGAGUCUGUACUUUCUUUGAUGAAAAGUAAUCAAUGUAAACCUGAUAUUAUUACAUUUAAUUUGCUGAUUGAUUCUUACGGAAAGAAACAAGAUUUUGAAAAGAUGGAGCAAGUUUUUAAGAGCCUUUUGCAUUCCAAAGAGAAACCAACUUUGCCUACUUUUAAUUCCAUGAUAAUGAAUUACGGAAAGGCACGGCAGAAAGAGAAAGCAGAGGGUGUCUUUCAGAAGAUGACCAAAAUGAAAUACACACCAAGCUUCAUUACAUACGAGAGCCUUAUCAUGAUGUAUGGAAUUUGUGACUCUGUUUCUCAGGCUAGGGAUAUUUUUGAUGAUAUGGUUGAAUCUGGAAAGGAGAUCAAAGUUUCAACCUUAAACGCCAUGCUUGAUGUUUAUUGUAUGAAUGGUUUGCCCAUGGAAGCAGAUUUACUAUUUGACAGUGCACGGAGCAUUCGGGUGCUACCUGAUUCAUCAACGUAUAAACUCCUAUACAAGGCUUACACUAAAGCCAACAUGAAGGAGCUUGUACAGAAACUGCUAAAGCACAUGGAUAGAGAUGGUAUUGUCCCCAAUAAGAGGUUCUUCCUGGAAGCUUUGGGAGCUUUUAAGUCUUCACCAGCAACUUCAAAUUCUGCCAAUCAUGCAUCUGGUUCAAAAAGUCGGCAGAGUUAGGCCAAGACUUGAUGGAAUUAUUGUUUGUGUUUUCAUCUGAUCUUUUCCUAUAUAAGGGACAUUCAAUGUAGAACUUACAGUUCAAAGGAUCAGUUGGCUGGUUCACCAUCUAAUUAGUUGGUCUGCAUGUGAUUUGCGAUCGAGUGCUUAGCCCCUUGUGCUAUAUAUUCCCCUUGCUUCUGCUUUCCACGUUUCUUAUAUCGUUCAUGGAUGCAAUCAUGUAUUCCUAAAACUGAUGUUUAUGGCUAUUACAUGUGUAGGAGUUACGUACCAGACAGAGACAUUCAACCCUGUAACAAGGACCCAUAUUAGGACAUUCAACACACUAACUCUGCGUAGUUCAGUGCUAUAUAAUGGGAGAUCUUCCAGUAUGAUUGGCCUUUAUGUACUGGCAAUACUGCUACUCCAAGAAUGUUGAGAUAUGUUACCUUUGCUUGUACAUUUUUUGCAAAACAUGAAAUUGCCUGAAUUUUGUGAUUCUUUGAAUGAAGAGCGUUGAUGUACAUUUACUUAUCA